AUUUUACUGUCACUUUUUUUUUUAAUAAUUCAGGCCAAGCGAAAUGUCUAAUCAGGAGGAUCGUAAAAGAAGAAGAAACAGUGACGCUCAUGAUUUGCCAAGUGAAUUUGACACACCAGCAGAUCCUUCUGUUCUCCUUCCUUCUUCACCUGUCCCUUUCUUUUCAGAAAAUGACCAGCAUGAUAUUGUUGAAGAAAAUGUAAUUGACGAUGACUUUGAUGAACGUGUUCAAUCCGAUGAUGAUGGUAUCGACCUUUUCGGUGAUAACAUGGAAGCUGAUUAUCAAGAAAAUGGUUCACAGGAUCAAUAUGAGGCUGUGGAUAUUGACGAUGAUAACUAUGACCCUCUGGAUCCUACUUCUCGUCGCCAAGUAGACCAGCUUUUGAAUAGACGAGAUAUUGAAAUUAGAAAGAGAGAAGGUCGAGUAGCCGGUGCCUUUAUCGAUGGCUUGGACGAUGUAGAUGAUGCGGCUUCUCCUGCUCCAGUAAGAAGACGAAGACAUAUUUAUGAUACAGAGACUAUUGAUGAAGAUUCCGAAAUUCCUGAGAUGACAUUGGCUGAUAUUCACAACGUCAAAGAUGCAUCCUUGGAUGAAUGGGUCAACCGUGAGUCUGUACGCAGAAGCAUCAAGCGAGAAUUUAAGGACUUUUUACAGACAUUCACAGAUGAGCACAGUAGUUCAGUGUAUGGUGAACGUAUCAGGGAUAUGGGUGAACGUAACGGUCAGUCAUUUGAAGUAAGCUAUGUACAUUUGGCCGAUAAAAAGACAGUCUUGUGUUACUUUUUGACCAAUACACCUGGCGCCAUGUUGAAGAUCUUUGAUGAAGCUGCUUUGGAAGUCACCUUGAUGCAGUUCCCCGAGUACGAAAACAUUCACCGUGAGAUUCAUGUUCGUAUCACUGACUUGCCUCAUACUCACAAUCUACGUGAUCUGCGUCAAUCCUUUUUGAAUACCAUGAUCCGUGUCUCUGGUGUAGUCACUCGGCGUACGAACGUGCUUCCUCAGUUAAAGUGGGUCAUGUAUAACUGUGCCAAGUGUAAUGCUCUUUUGGGCCCUUUCUAUCAAGACAUCCAUAGCGAGAUAAAGAUUAAUACUUGUGCCAGCUGUCAGAGUAGAGGCCCCUUCAUCCCCAACAUGGAAAAGACACUCUUUAGAAACUAUCAGAAAUUGACAAUCCAAGAAUCACCAGGUACUGUACCUCCUGGCCGUAUUCCUCGUCAGUUGGAUGUGAUCUGUUUGUGGGAUCUUGUCGAUCAAGCAAAACCAGGUGAUGAGAUCGAAGUGAUUGGUAUCUAUCGCAACAACUUCAAUACCUCGCUUACCGUCAAGAACGGUUUCCCUGUAUUUGCCACAGUGCUUGAAGCAAAUCAUAUCAACAAGAAAGAAAAUAUGUUCGCUGUAUAUAAGCUGACAGAAGACGACAAGAAGGAAAUUCUUGCACUCAGCAAGGACAAGAAUAUUGGUAAACGUAUUAUGAAGAGUAUUGCACCUUCUAUUUAUGGUCACGAAGACAUCAAGAGAGCCAUUGCCUUAGCUAUGUUUGGUGGUGUGCCAAAGAAUAUCAAGGGAAAACACAUGAUCCGUGGUGAUAUCAACGUGCUCAUGCUCGGUGAUCCUGGUACAGCCAAGUCUCAAUUCCUAAAGUAUGUUGAAAAGACCGCCCAUCGUUCGGUCUAUACGACCGGCCAAGGUGCCAGUGCUGUCGGUUUGACAGCCUCUGUCCAUAAGGAUCCUGUGACGCGCGAGUGGACUUUGGAAGGUGGUGCACUCGUGUUGGCUGAUCGUGGUGUUUGUCUGAUUGAUGAAUUUGACAAGAUGAAUGACGCCGAUAGAACCUCUAUUCACGAAGCAAUGGAACAACAGUCCAUCUCUAUCUCCAAAGCAGGUAUCGUAACCACUCUUCAGGCAAGAUGUUGUGUAAUCGCUGCCGCUAACCCUAUUGGUGGCCGCUACAACUCAUCAGUUCCGUUCUCUCAAAACGUCGAGUUGACAGAACCCAUCAUCUCUCGUUUUGAUGUUCUUUGCGUCGUCAAGGACUUGGUCGAUGCUGAUCUUGAUUUCGCGCUUGCUAUUAAUGUGAUCGGUAGUCACAUUCGUAGCCAUCCUCUUCAAAAUGGUGAUACACAGUAUGCUCAGCCAACAGAAGUGGAUGCAGAUAUUAUUGAACAAAAUCUAUUGAGGAAAUAUAUUAUGUAUGCUCGUGAGAUGAUUCACCCCAAGUUGCAUCAAGUGGACGAAGAUAAACUAUCAAAAUUAUAUUCUGAAUUAAGAAAGGCAUCCAUCACAAGCGCGAGUAUUCCCAUCACUGUUCGUCAUUUAGAAUCCAUGAUCCGUUUAGCAGAAGCACAUGCCAAGAUGCAUUUGAGAGAAUAUGUUCGUUCUGAAGAUGUGGAUGUAGCUAUCAAGGUAGCCCUUGACAGUUUUAUUAGUGCACAAAAAUACAAUAUGACAAAGAAGCUUCGCAGGAAAUUCCGUAAAUAUAUUUCCAAUCUGCGUGGUCAAGACGAACAAUUACUUGCUAUUUUAGAAUCCAUCUUUAAAGACAAACUUAGGUUACAUAACCUCAGACACGACACCUUCCCAGAAUCACUCGAGAUCAAAAUUACUGAAUUCGAAGCAAGAGCCAAGCGAGAGGAUAUUCACGACAUUCAUAGAUUUGUUGAAUCAAAUACAUUUGGUCAACACCACUUUACACUUGAUCCCGUCAACGGUAAAAUCUUUAAGCAUUACGUACAAGCGCAACAAUAAUUCCCCCUUUUUUUCUUUAUUUUUUAAUGUUUUACAAAAUAAACUCAUACUUGCUUUACAGCAAUUACUCUUAAGCGAGUAUAAAGCAAAAACCAUUUACCAUCCUCUCUUUGAAGUGCAGGACGAAGGUAUUCUUGGAUUUCUGCAACCAUCUUCUUACGCUCACUGUCUGAGUCUAGUGCAUUAAGAAAGUUAAAACCAAAGGUUUCGAUCCAACCAGCGACAUCUGUUUCCAAUUCAGUUGGGCGAGGAAUGAGUUCAACAUCCAACACUUUGAAUCCAUUAUCUGUUAGCAGUUGACUAUAAUAUUCAGGUGAUGGAAAGAACCAAGGUGAGUAAGCUGCACCAUCGAUACCACGUACAUUUAAAGCAGCAAUGAGUGCUGUAUGAACACCUUUUUGAAUGUAUUAA